GCCAAAGGACCGCUAGCUGGUCUUGGAUCGAGAUUUUCUCCGAUUUGCAUAUGAAGAUCUUUGUCCACUAGAUCAAUCGGUCAUUUAAGUCCUUCAUCUUUUUUCUGCACAAAAUGACGCGCACGAACCACACCAAGCGAAUCCGUGUGGUGUUGGUCCCAGACUAUGGACCACGAAGAGCAUUUUCACCACCGUCUAUGUGCCGGAUAAUUGCAAAUCACGACCCGGGGGUUCCUCAAGAAUCUUUUCAGCUACAUCUUCAUCCGCUCAACCAGCAUCGCAAUUUCAGUGCCAGUUGUGCGACAGCAUCUUUUGCGAGCGGAUCUUCUUCCUCCUCCACUAGCAGCAGGUCCUCAAACUCGCUUUUCCCGUCUUUCCAGCAGUUCCCCCUUCGCCGCGAGGUGCAGACGGCGCUGCUGCGCAUGAGCAUCCGGGUGCCGACGAAAAUUCAACUUGCGUGCAUACCGAAAUUAAUGGCGGCACCGGCGAGAGAGGAUAGUUCGGGGAUCAUAUCAGGAUUACUCGGACCAGGCGGGACUCCUUCUGCAGCAGGCGCAGCCGGCGAGGAAGAGUUCAACCUCUCCCAAGACCAAGGCAAUACAGGACAUCAUAACUCGUCAAGAUACCCCUCCCGAUCCGACAAGCUGCGGAAUCAGUUCGAGUCCGUCCUGGACACGGCGAAGGCGCACAGCCACGCGGGUAAAUACGGAAAGUCCUCCCUGCUCCUCGUCGCCGGCACCGGGUGCGGGAAAACGCUCGCGUACCUAGCCCCACUGAUGCACAACCUUUUAGAAAGCUUCGACCCGCACAGCCACCCAACGCCCACGAAGCCCCGCUGCGCGAUCGUGGUCCCAACGCGCGAACUCGCUUUGCAAAUCCUGAAAGUCGUCCGCUUUUUCCCCAACAUUACCUCUAUCGCCGCCUGUCCGGGGCAGUCGUACGUGCAGGAAGCGAGACAGCUGUGCAACGUCGGGGUCGACGUCUUGAUCGGAACACCGCACAGGCUGUUGAUCCACUUAGCGAAAAAAAAUCUGUCCUUUUUCCAACUAGAAUCCUGCGUCUUGGACGAGGCGGACACGCUGUGCGACACUUUCUACGAAGCGGACAUUUGCAAAUUGUUGGCGAAAAUGAAUAAAUCCAAUCCCCCGCAAUUUGUCCUCUGUUCCGCGACGAGGAUAUAACAGUGCACAACUCCCCCUCCCCCUCAUUUGUCAUGCAAAAUCCCAAAUCCAACCGCUACCUUGUAGUGACACUGUUUGCAUGACAGAUUCUGGGAACCCAAACAGUACUACACUAGGCACAUGAAUUUGUCAUGCAGAGGCCCCACGCGCGCUGGUGUUUGUGUUGCUCUUCAUGCCAUGCAAUUCAUUGAGGGGCGGGAGGGGGAGUUGUGCACUCUCAUAGAGGACUGGCGCGGUUUCGAACUUUUUGCAAAAAUCGCUCGCACUGCCCAUGUAUCAGAUGCAAAUAUGUCUGGGUCUGGAAGAGUCUUGCUGCUUUUGCAUGACACAGAAGGUCUGGCAUGGAAGCUCUAGCAUCACAGAUUUCGAGAAGCUUCCGCAAUGCCGAAUCCGCAUGACAAAUGCCCCACUUUGCUGAGAGAAAGUGGGCAGCUUUUGCUGCCUCUGUAUGACAGAUUUGUAUGUGUUGUGAGAUGCGCAUCACAAGUUUGCUUUCUUCCAGACCCAGACAUAUUUGCAAUGCAUACCAUGGACGUGACCGUCACCGACGAUAGUCACAAGGUGAACAGCAACAUCGACCAACUGUUCGUGCCGACGCGGGGGCGGUUGCGGCGGAACGUGUUGACCGAGAUUUUGGCCGAGUCGCCAAUGAACUUCGCCAAGGAGAUAUCCAAGAAAAAAACAUUGUUAGUGUAAAUUUGUGAUGCGCAACAUGCAAAUCGAUUGCGCCUGUCAUGCUGUGCCUGCAUUAUAGGGUCCAUCCAAGGGCGUUUUCACGUACAAUCUGAGCAUGACAGAUUUUUGCUGUCAUGCGAGAGAUAUUUGUCAUGCUAAUCCUCCAAGAAAGUUACACCUACAUUCUUUUUUUGUUGGAUAGGAGAAGACACUGGUUUUCACAAACACGGUGCGGAGUUGCAAGUCGCUGCAAAAACACUUGAUCGCCCAGGGCAUCGCGUGCGACGCAUUGCACGGGGAGAUGGGGCCGCGGAAGAGGUCCAAGGUGAUUCGGAGAUUCGCGGGGGAGGAGGAAACGAGGGGGAUUUCGGCCGGUGGAGGAGGUGCUUCGUUGCCUCCAACAGAAAUUUCGGAUCAUGUUGGCGGAGCGACAAACAGCUCUUCGAUCGAGUUUACCGGCGGCGCAAAUUUCCACGAGGAUCCGAUGGAGUACCUGAACAGCCUGCCCAGUUUGAAGGAUAGAGAGAAGGAAAAGGAACAAGAACGCCAACAGUUUCUUGAUGAUGACGCGGACCGCACCUCCGGCGCAUCAUCUUUGUCGCCUGCUGGUCGAGGUCAGCAGAGCAACAGCAUCGAUAGUACAACUGGUAAAACAAACCACAAUCUGCCCUCUGGAAAGUCCAGUCCAGCCGCCCAAGUAGAAGUACCUCCCUCCACCGGUUCCUCGCAAGCCCUCCGCAGCUCCAUCCUUUCCCCCCGGUACGAAAGGCUAAACGAGAAGAAGCAGACCCCGAAUUUGCUUGUCGCGACCAAUUUGGCCAGCCGGGGGCUGGAUGUUUCCGACAUCAACCACAUCAUCAUGUACGACCUGCCCCAAACUCUCGCGGAUUAUCUCCACCGAAUUGGGCGAACCGGCCGAGCGGGCGCGACCGGGAAAGUAACGACGAUCAUGCGAAGAGGCGAUUUGCCGCUCGUGAAGCAAAUCCAGGAUUUGACCAAGGACCCGAAGAAACUUGAUGUGAAGUACACAUCGAAUAGCAUCCGGAAGGUGUUGCAACUCGAAAAGUGGAAGUUCAUGCUGACAAAGAUGGGGAAGAAGGAAAGAAGUGACAAGCGGUUGAUGAAGUACCUGGGGAUCCCGCCCGCGAAACACCUCGGGUCGCCGGAGAACAAGAAAAUCCGGUUUGAGUUGUUCAAACGGCUGAAACUGAAGCGGCACAUGGUGUAUCUGGAGAAAAAGGGAAGGCUGCCAAAGGGGUACGGCAUCCCGCUGUUCCCGAACGUUCACGUGGAAAAGACGGAGUCGCAAACCGUCUCGGUGCUGAAAAAAGACGAAGAGACCGGGGUUUUGACGAUCCUGCCGAAACGCCGGAUGCAGCAGGUGGUGGAAAGUGAGCGGGAGAAGAAAACGGAUGGGAUCAUCGGCGAGGUUACAAGCGACGGGAAGCUGGAGCCGUCGAAGUACAAAGACAUGUUCCGGGCGAAGUCUAGGCGGAACAAGCACAUUCAGUUACUCGGUGGGCAGAAGAUGCACCCGCACGGAGUGCACCAGGUGGACAUGAACAGAUUGCCGGACUUGGUUUUGCGGAAGGAAGAGAAAACUUUGGAUGCGGUGAAGAAUAAUGGUAGGGGAAUGGUUGUGAAUAAUGGUGGUCCUGAUGUUGACCACUGGAGCUCAGCCUCAGAGAUGGAUGAUUCAACUUUUUUGCCAGAUGAUGUGCCUCCUACUGGGUCGUCUGCAUUCAAGGUAAAAUCCGACCCAAAACGCAAAAGGCCACAGUUUAUGUAGUGAGGCAAGAAUAGCAGUAGCUGAUAGUAAAUGCCUAUGUCAAUCUGAAGCAGUUUGGAUUUAUUUAUUGAAGCAACA